AUGCUAACGAAUUGUAAUUACUAUCUUGUAGAAGUGAGAAAUAAAAUCUUUAUACCGCAAUUGUACCUGCCCUUAUUAAAAGUAAAAAUUUUUGAUGUACCUUUUUUUGUUCUUCACGUAUCUUCUGCUCGAUCUCACUCAAAUCUUUAUCUACUUCUGUCUUCUACAAGCCAAACAUAAUAAAACUAAAUCAUAAUGAAGGAACUAAACAUAUUAUAAAAUAAAAUAGCAAAUAAGUUGAUAUAUAUUUUUUUAUAUGAAAUAUAAAUUAUAUUUAAAUAAAAAGAAAUAACUUAAAAAAUUAUAAAUAAAUAAAUUAAUAUGUAUGAAGAAAUAAUUAUAUAAUAUUAAAUAUAAUAACUUGAAAUAUUGCUUAUAACUUCUAUCAUAAAAAAUAAAAAUCACUAAGAUAAUAUAUUAAAUACAUUUCACUUAUUAUAUUACAUUUCACUAUACCUCUUUCGUUAACUAUUUUAAGAUGUAUGAUAAUGUAAUAAUAUGCAUUAUAUUACUAAACCUUAAUUUAUAUCAAAUAAUAAUUUCUAUAUCACAAAAAUUAUAGUACACUUAAUUAUUUACACAUCUUAAUAAAAGCAUUAUAUACAAUACAAUAUACAAUUCACAAAUCCAUGUUUCUAAUAUCAUAUGAAAGCAAAGCUGUACAUUCAACAAGCAGAUCAUCUAAACAUAUUAAACUAAAAUUUUAUUUACCUGAGCUUUUAAAUCAUUCAAUCGCUUUUGUGCUUCACCUUUCUGAUUUUCUAAUUGCUUUAAUGUAGCAGCAAGUGUAUCCAAUUCACUCUGCAAACUUUUAAUUUCACCAUUUUUUAUCUUGAUAUCAGCUUCCUUUUGUGCUAUAUCUUGUUCCAUACUUUGCCUUUCUUUUACAAGUUCUGCUAUAUCUUUACUUAUCAUGUCCAAUUCUGGGUUUGAAUAACCAGAAACAUUAUUGUUCUCCUAAAAAUUAAAAUUGAAAAUACUUAUUGAAAAUAAAAUGAAAAAUACAAAUGAAUUCUAUGAAAAAUGAUAAUUUAUACAUGCAAUGACAAAUAUUUUAUAAAUGAUAGGAAUACAAAAAUUAAAUCGAAAUUUAAAUAUCAUCUAUAAUUCGAAAAUAUAAUAUUUACAUUUGUAUAAUUUCAAAUGUCUAAAAACUAACAUUUAAACAUUUUAAUAAUUUAAACACAAAAUAAUUUCAAACAAUUCUAAAAUAUCUUUUAUUGAUAUAAUCCUUUACAAUAAUUGAAAUGCUACAUCGUUUAUAGAAAACUACUGAAUAAUUUAAAUUCAAUACAAUUAUUAUAGAAAGUUAACUUUUUCUUGCUAUUAUUCAUUAAAGAAAUCAUUUUCUGAAAUUUUCCAAUGCAUUAUACAUCCAAUACUAAAUUAGUUUAUAGGUAUAAAAGUACUAUCAUUUAGUGUGUUCAUUAUGAAUUCUUCUAUAUAUUUGCAACGAGUUUUAAGUUUGAUUUUUUCAGGAUCAUCAGUAUCAUAUAAAGAUCGUAAUUUUGCUUUUCUUGCUUCCGUUCGUAGUUGUUUAGCAAAUAUAACAUUUUUUACUUUUUGUCUUUCGAAGGCAACUAUUGGUGAUAUGUUAUUUAUUAUAAGAGGUACAACUUUUAUACAAUCUGCCAUAUCUGAAUGAUUUUUCUUUUUACAUAAUGAACAUAUUUCCAAUGCAUUUAAAUUAUAUUUACCUCCUUUUGACAUAUUUCUUGAUUUUAAUGUAAAAAAAUGAAUUUCAAAUAAAUAAAAAAUUGAAAAUCAUAUGUCAAGUUCCAUAAAGAAUAUAAAUUAAACAGACAUGCAGUUAAAAUUACUGUUGAAUGUUUAUUAUUUACUAAGUAUAAUGUCUAAUUUUAUAAUAGGAAUAAAUUUAUGGAAAAAAUACGAUGAACUUCGUAAAAAAAUAAAUAAAAAAUUGAAUAAACAAAAAGGUAAUAAUUUUUGUCAUCUUUUAGCAAAAAUGUAAUAGUCUUUUAUUUUAUAUAAAGAGAGUGAACUUCUCCUUGAUGUUAAUGACUAUGAAUAUCCAAGAGCAAAUGAAACACUUAGAAAGAUACAUAAAGAAUUGUGGCAGGAAUAUUAUGAAUGUUUAGAAAAGACAUAUAACAAAAUUGGAUCAGAAAAGAUAAUGUAUCCAAUAGCGUUUGAAGCUCUAAAAGGAACAUUAAUCAAAUUAAAAUGUCAAAUAUGUAUCUCUCCAAUAGAAAUAUAUACUAGUGAAGAUAUAAAUUGGUAUUUCAAUAAUACUUUUAGUAAUGAAACAAGUAAACUUAUAGAUGAAUCAGAUAAUGUAUUCAUUUCUUCAGAAGACAGAUCAUUAAUAAUACAUGACAUUAAGAAGUUUUUGCAGUCUAAACAAGCUGGACAAUACUGGUGUCAAUAUGGAGAUACAUUAUCAAUAUAUUAUUAUAUAUCUAUUGAUACCGAUGUUAAAGGAGUAAAAACUGUAUAUCCUGCCACAGCACCCAAUAUGCCCCAUCCAAUACCACCAAAAGUUGUAUCAGAAUAUAAUUUAAAUAUUUAUACAACGUGGACUAAAUGGUCUCUCUGUUCUAAAUGUAAUGCAGUUGGUAAAAAAAUUCGGUACGGAUACUGUACUCUUUCUUCACAUCCAAAUGUCAAGAAAAAUAAAAUAAGUGAAAAACAAUUUCAAGAUUAUAAACGACAAACUACAGAAAACGAACAAAAUAAAAUAAUGGAAACUACAAUUCAAAAUCAAAUUAUAGAUAAAAGUGUGACCGAUAAAAUUAAAAUGAUUUUACGUGUAUUUAGAAAUAAAAUACCUUGUAAAAGUAAAUAUUUGCCAAAAGCUUUAAAUAUUUCAGAUAUUAAAGAUAGAAAAACAGAAAUUAUGGUGCGCUAUUGCAAGAUAAAGUGUCCACAAAAUGUAAUCUUCGAAGUACGAGAUAAGAAGGGAAACGUGAUUGAAAGUGCAAAUAACAGUGCUGGUAUAUAUUCUAUGGUUCAAGGAAUGCCCACUCUAUCGCCACCAGUUAUACGUACGACGAUUUAUCAAAAAUAUGAUAAAAAAACAGUUCUUAUAUGCCCAGGAAGUUUAAAUAUCAAUAUACCAAUUACUUGGAAAGUGGAUGACAAAAUUUUAAAUCCAUCUAUUGUUCAAGAUCAAUCUGAAGGAAGAAUUUAUUUUAAUUCACAAAUGCAUAUAAUUUUCAAAUCAUUAAAAUUUCAAGAUACGAAUAUCUAUAGUUGUUGGCAAAGAAAUGAAAUCGUUGGUGUAAUAAAAUUAAAUGUAACUGGAGAAAUAGAAUUACAAACGAAUUAUAGUAUAGUUAUGGUUGGUGGAAUGUUAAUAAUUAUUGUAUUUAUGAUUGUGUUUUGGAGAGCAUUUCAAGGUCGUAAACAUACCUUUAUCGUAUCCAAACCAGCCAUACUCUUUACUGAAGGUACAUUAGGUAAAGGUGGAAUAGGUGGUGGUACUGUUGUAAUUACACUCAUUGGUGCAGGAGAUUUUGGUACUGGUGUUAUAGAAUCUUUCCUUUUUCCUGGUGGCAUUAACUCUGGUGGAAGUACACUUGGUAUAUAUCCAUUCGAAGGUUGCAAACUAUCAAAAAGUUGGUCAUAUUUGGCUCUUUCUGAAGGUUUAAUAGACCAGUCUCCAUUACUAACAGAUGUUAUUACUGGUACAUUUACCAUUUUUGGAGGUGGCAAUUCUAUAUUUAAAUUUGACAUACUAAGGUCUCUUCCUGCUUGGGCCAAUGCACAAAGUUUCAGAGCAACAAAAAGACCAGACUUGUCUAAUGAUCCACGAGAUUGUGGAUCUGCCAUAUCCCAUAUCUUACUUAAUACAACAUCACUCAGCUGGGAUUUCUUAAGGAAUCUCGCAGCUUCCAUCGCACCAAUUCGUCCAUAUCCAUUUGGGUCCACCUUUAAAUAUAAUUAA